ACCAAUGUGAUUACAACAUUAUAGGACAACCAUUAUCAAUAAAGCAUAUAAAAACAAAACCUACGUAGACAGAACACCUGCUUCUGCCACAGCUCGGAGUGAUUUGGUGGGUUUUGCAUUAGGAGUUUGAUUGUCAAUACGUCUGUGGUUAGUGACUUUCAACAUCCCCUCCACAACUGCCAUUUAUCAUAGACUUGCAGACCACCUUUAGAAAGACUACACAGGUUAACUCCCCGGUUAAGAUGAAAUAGAGCUACAGCGCCAUAAAGCACUGAAAAAAACAACCCAUUUUAAUGCAAGUGACCUUGGCUGAAAUGUUUUGCCUGUGGCUAUUUCAUUUUCGUCUCGUUUUUCGCCAAGACGCUAACAAGCCUAAGACUACAAUUCCACAUGAAAAACAUUGCGAGCUUCCAAGCAGGCAAGGGUGAUCAAGAGUGGCAGCUAAAAUUGCCCUAGAGGAAGAGGUACUAAUGCACAGAGCAGAGGGGCAGGAUGUCCGAGUCGGUGGAUGGAGAGAUUGCAUUAUUUGGCUCCAGCCUCAGCCCGAAUUGAGACUGAUUGCAGCUUCGUUGAGCUGAGCCUACAGAGCAGCCAAGGCAGAGAAAGAGAAUCACAGACGUUGAACACAGAAAAAUAGCAGCAAUGGCAACAGUAAAACGCAACUACCUUGUUUGUCUGAAAACAAAGUGCCCCUCUUGUACCAACUCAAUGGUCCUAGCUAUUUGCAAGGACCAUUGACUCCAAAAAAUGCAGCCUUUUCUUUCUCCUUUAAUUCCAAAGUUUCAAAUAAGAGGGGGAAAAGGUGCAGUGCACUCAAUGAAUUAGCCUUGUAACAGUGCAGAGCUUGGUUUGAUGUGAUACGUACAUGUAUUAAGGGCAGUAAGGGCAACAAUGACAGUGUGAUUUGAUGUUUGAAUUUCCCCAAACCUCGGCGAGGGGAGUGAAUAAAGGAGAGGUGAGGAGAGUGAAUAGAUGAGAGGAGAGAUGAGUGAAGAGAUGAGAGGUGAGGAGAGUGAAGAGAGGAGAGGUGAGGAGAGUGAAGAGAGGAGAGGUGAGGAGAGUGAAGAGAUGAGAGGUGAGGAGAGUGAAGAGAGGAGAGGUGAGGAGAGUGAAGAGAUGAGAGGUGAGGAGAGUGAAGAGAUGAGAGGUGAGGAGAGUGAAGAGAUGAGAGGUGAGGAGAGUGAAGAGAUGAGAGGUGAGGAGAGUGAAGAGAUGAGAGGUGAGGAGAGUGAAGAGAUGAGAGGUGAGGAGAGUGAAGAUAUGAGAGGUGAGGAGAGUGAAGAGAGGAGAGGUGAGGAGAGUGAAGAGAUGAGAGGUGAGGAGAGUGAAGAGAUGAGAGGUGAGGAGAGUGAAGAGAUGAGAGGUGAGGAGAGUGAAGAGAUGAGAGGUGAGGAGAGUGAAGAGAUGAGAGGUGAGGAGAGUGAAGAGAUGAGAGGUGAGGAGAGUGAAGAGAUGAGAGGUGAGGAGAGUGAAGAGAUGAGAGGUGAGGAGAGUGAAGAUAUGAGAGGUGAGGAGAGUGAAGAGAGGAGAGGUGAGGAGAGUGAAGAGAGGUGAGGAGAGUGAAGAGAUGAGAGGAGAGGUGAGUGAAGAGAGGAGAGGAGAGGUGAGGAGAGGUGAGUGAAGAGAGGAGAGGUGAGGAGAGGUGAGUGAAGAGAGGAGAGGUGAGGAGAAUGAAGAGAUGAGAGCUGAAGAGAGGGAGGAAAUAGGGAAUAGCUCAUAGAAAGCCUGGAUGCUGCACUAAAGUGAAAUUAAUUAAAAUCAUAUUGACAGUCAAGAGAAAUGUCUGUCCAUUGGCAACUCAAGUUCAUUCAGUUUGUAGCACAGGCAUCUUUCAGCUUUGUCGUUUCCCUGUUAAUCCUGGGCAGGUUUUGAUGACCGUCCACCAGUUCAAGCAGAGCCCAACGGGGAUCUAGCCAAUCAAUGAUCACUCCCAUCUGCCCAGUCCACACCUAACAGUAGUGUUCCCUCAAAGCUGACCAAUUAGGAAAAGGAACCGUGUGAAACAAAUGAUGAAAAAGGCAUCCAAGAACCCUCCCUUGCUCCCUCUAUUUCCAUAUUAAAGUCAUAAAGAAGAGCUCAAACCCCAGACAAAGGCAGACCUCUCUCCAAAUGCUAAUUUGCUGAACAAGCUGCAGAUGAUGCAAAAUAAGGCCUUCACCUACUCCUGCCAUACAUAAUUCAUACUAUUGACUGGUGAUACCACUUUCAUUCACUGGGCACACAAAGUGGUGCCACUUUCACACACCGAGGCGAGCCAAUGACUCCAAACAUACUGUGCAGUUACACUGAGCACACAAUGGGGCUUGGUGUGAAAUGUCCACACAGACACACUGGACCACUCAAGCUCUAAGCGCACACACAGAAACUUGGACUUUCAAGCAUGUAGGCCUACAAGCAACACGCACACAGGCCUAAACAAAGGAACACCCGGAUUGAAGCACACUCACACACUUUACAUUUUCACAAACACACACGAAAGCCCACGAUCAGAAACAAACUAUGACAUUUGCUCAUACCAUUCGUAACCCAUUCAGACAUUUCACAGGAGCAUGUAAAUAAGAGCACCAAAUGCAUGACCUUCAUUGUCUCAAAAAUUAUUCAUAGCCUGAGUGUUCCAGUGGCAUGCACUGAAACGCAUGGCUUUCUUUUGCUAAAUAACUAUGAAUUAACAGGCUUAUUUUCUAAUAAUUGUCAACAUAGAGUGAACUAAGCUAGAAGGGGAAAAUCCAUCUCCUCCAAGAGAUGACAAAAUAUUUCCCGUAAACUCAAUGUGCGGUAUACCGUAUGUACCAUAUACCAGGGUAUAUGGAUAAAGCCACGGGAUGUUUUUUUUCAAUACCAUCAAGAUAUUUUUAAAUAUUUUUUUUAUUUUUUACAUUUGAAUAUUUGUAGUUAUUUAAAGUAAAUACAGUGCCUUGGGAAAUAAUUCAGCCCCUUCUCUUUUUCCACAUUGUCACGCCUUGGUCUUAGUAUUUUGUGUUUUCUUUAAUUAUUUGGUCAGGCCAGGGUGUGACAUGGGUCUAUGUUGUUGUAUUUCGUAUUGGGGUUUUUGUAUUAUUGGGAUUGCGGUUGAGUGGGGGUGUUGUAUGGGCUUGGCUGCCUGAGGCGGUUCUCAAUCAGAGUCAGGUGAUUCUCGUUGUCUCUGAUUGGGAACCGUAUUUAGGUAGCCUGGUUUCGCUUUGUAUUUUGUGGGUGAUUGUUCCUGUCUCUGUGUAGUUUCACUAGAUAGGCGGUAAUUAGAUUUCACGUUCCGUUUGUUGUUUUGUAUUUUGUAUCGUUAUUUCAUGUGUCACUAUUCCUAUUAAAGUCAUGAGUAACCACUACGCUGCAUUUCGGUCCGACUCUCUUUCUACAAACGAAGAACGCCAUUACAGAAUCACCCAUCCACACACGGACCGAGCAGCAUGUUAACAAGCAGCGACAGCUGGAGCAUAAAAAGGAGGACGUUAUGGACAGCAGAGGCAUGGAGUAUACGAUGUGGGAAGAAAUCGACAGAUGGGCGGCCGACCCAGAGAGAGUGCAGGAGCCCGCCUGGGAUUCGCUGGAACAGCGCGAAGAGGGCUAUAGGCGAAUGGAGUAAAAAAAAAAAGACACGGCGGCGCAGAGCGAAAACCGAUAGUAACCCCCAAAUAUUUAUUGGGGGAGGGCGCAGAGAGAGAGAGUGGCUGAGUCAGGAGUCAGACCUGAGCCUACUCUCCCUGUUAAUUGUGAGGAGCAGCAAUAUAAGGACUUCUGGUCUUGGGAGAUGAUAUUAGACGGAAAAGGACCCUGGGCGCAGCCGGGAGAAUAUCGCCGUCCCGAGGAAGAACUAGAGGCGGCAAAAGCGGAGAGGCGCUGGCAUGAGGAGGCAGCACGGCGACGCGGUUGGAAGCCCGAAAAGCAGCCCAAAAAAAUUAUUGGGGGGGACUUAAAGGGAGUAUGGCUAUGCCAGGUAGGAGACCUGCGCAAACUCCCUGUGCUUAUCGGGGGGCUAGAGAGACCGGGCAGGCACCGUGUUAUGCUAUGGAGGGCACAGUGUUUUCAGUGCGGGUGCAUAGCCCGGUGCGGCACAUACCAGCCCAUCAUAUUGGCCGGGCUAGAGUGGGCAUCGAGCCAGGUAAGCUUGGGCAGGCUCGG